AUGCCACUCAAAGGAUUAUCGGGGGAUGUAGUCCGGCCUGUGGGCACCAUAACUCUGUCGGUCUUGGCAGGUAAAGCUUCUAAAGCCGCCACAAUAAUGGUCGACUUCCUGAUAGUGAAAGCCCUUUCGUCUUAUAACGCCAUCUUAGGGCACCCAAACCUGAAUAAUCGGAAGGCGAUAACAUCAACCUAUCACUUAAAGAUGAAGUUGUCAACAACGGUAGGUGUAGGAAAAGUUUGGGGAGAGCAGGUGCUAGCACAAGAAUGCUACGUGCAAGAAUUUAAAAUCAGAGGGGGAGAUAUUCGAAUGACCAAGGGCCCGACUUAUGGUGAGGAGCCGCCGCCGCCUCCACUGCCAGUGUUCAUUGACAAGGGAGAAUAA